CGUUCAAUCACUACGGAUAUAUCAUCAAGAACAAUUACUAUAAGGAGUUUGGCCAACUUAAAAUUGAUAAUGACCACUUUCUGACAACGACAGGAACCGUGGCAACCAUCGGUGUAUCCGUGGCCAGGCUGUUUUGGGGUAUUGCCACCGACGUUUUUGGAACAAAGGGGACACUAAUCAUGUUCAUGGCCAGCACGACGGUCAUCUCAUCGUUGUACUUCUUCAGCCUGUCCAGCCCUGGCCUCUACAUGUUCGCCGUCAUCGCCAUCUCCGCGGCCUUCACUGGGGCCUUUAUACUCAUCCCCCUGGCCGCUCUCAGGUGUUUCGGCGAGAAGCACUACGCCAUCAAUUACGGCCUGAUCCUCUCUUCACAGAUUGUUCUCAACCUGAUCUCACCGCCAGUCAUUCGUGCCAUUUUACUUCAUUUCGACUGGUUUUGGCUGUUCCUCAGUAUCGGUAUACUUAACGGUUUGG